AAACGGAGAGAGGAUCCUUCUCCUAUGUAAGAGACUCCAACCUACACGGGUGUCAUCAGCCGAGCCUCCUGGCAGGAGAGAUGGGCAUGGGCAGUCCUGGGGCGGUGUCGCCCACCAAGCCUGGAUCCCAGUAUUACCAGCACUACAACAACAACCCUCGCCGGAGACCACUGCACUGUGACAACAUGGAGGUCCAGACAAAGAAAGUUCGGAAAGUUCCCCCUGGUUUGCCUUCCUCAGUAUACGCCCCGUCUGCCAGCACAGCUGAUUACAACAGGGACUCACCAGGGUAUCCCUCCUCCAAACCCCCCAGUGGAGGAUUCCCCAGCCCCUUCUUCAUGUCAGACGGUCACCACAGUGCUGACCCAUGGAGCUCCUCCAGCAGUAUGAACCAGCCUGGUUACAGCGGCAUGCUGGGUAACUCCUCCCACGGCCCCCAGAGCAGCAGCUAUUGUGGCACCCACCCACAUGACCGGCUGAGCUACCCGUCACACUCCUCGGCAGACAUCAACCCCAGUCUUCCUCCCAUGUCCAGUUUCCAUCGUAGCACUGGCUCCAAUCAGUACAGUACAGCCUCCUGCACUGCCACCACCAACGGCACAGACAGCGUCAUGGGUAAGACCUGGGGACAAGGACACAGGGCUGCAGAAGACAGGACGGAAGACAGGGCUGAUUACAGUGCUAACCGGGUGCAGAGCGGGGCACCGAGCAGCUCUCAGACUGGAGACGCCCUGGGGAAGGCUCUCGCUUCGAUCUACUCUCCAGACCACACAAACAACAGCUUCUCGUCCAACCCAUCGACCCCUGUCGGCUCUCCCCCGUCACUCACAGCUGCCAGUUCUGCUGUGUGGUCCAGAAACGGAGGACAAGGCCCCUCCUCCCCCAACUAUGAGGCUCCACUCCACUCUCUGCAGAGUCGUAUCGAGGAUCGUCUGGAGCGUCUGGACGAUGCCAUCCACGUGCUGCGGAGUCACGCGGUGGGACCCUCCACUGGCAUGCCCGGCGGGCACCAAGACAUGCACAGCCUCAUCGGGGCAGCACACAACGGGGCCAUGGGAGGACUGAGUUCUGGAUACGGCACGGGACUACUCUCUGCCAACCGCCACUCAAUCAUGGUGGGCCCUCACAGGGAGGAUGGCCAUCCCAUCAGACCCAACCAAGUGCCCGUCCCCCAGCUCCCCCAGCAGUCUGCCACGUCACCUGAUAUACACCAGACUGAUACAUACCGGGCUCUCGCCAGUGGUCUCCAGGGCCAGAGCACCUCUUCCAUCUCGUCAGAGAUCAAGUCGGAGGACGAGGGUGAUGAGAACCUGCAGGAUGCCAGAGCUAUGGAGACCAAGAAGGAGGAGCCUGACAACAAGGACCUGAAGUCUAUUGAUAGGUCAAGAUCUAGCAACGCGGAUGACGAGGACUUGUCUCCGGAGCAGAAGAUCGAACGUGAGAAGGAACGCAGGAUGGCCAAUAACGCCCGGGAGCGGCUGCGCGUCCGUGACAUCAACGAGGCCUUCAAGGAGCUGGGCCGCAUGGUGCAGCUGCACCUGAAGAGCGACAAGCCACAGACCAAACUGCUCAUACUGCAUCAGGCCGUGGCCGUCAUACUGAGUCUGGAGCAGCAAGUCAGAGAGAGGAACCUGAACCCUAAGGCUGCGUGUCUGAAGAGACGUGAGGAGGAAAAAGGUUCGUCGGACGGCGGAGCGGCCCUCUCCCUGGCCGGGGCACACCACGCCAUGGGGGACGCCUCCAACCCAAUGGGACAAAUGUAAAACCUCUAAAUGGUCCAAGCUCCCGGAGUUCAUCAAGAUGAUGAGCGACCACUUCCUUUGACAACAUUCUCCUAUUUCCUGAAUCAAUCAAUCAACCGAUCACGUCAAUCAAGGAUCGAUCGAUCUGACCACCUGAUCUGACCAAUAUCUUUCCCUGACCACCUGUCUUUUGUCUUCUGUAGAAAUGAAACGAACCCAAAUGUAUAUUGGCUAUGGAACAACAUAACAGAUACUACAGUACUACAGUACUACAGGACUACAGGACUACAGUACUACAGAUACUACAGUACUACAGUACUACAUAUACUACAGUACUACAUAUACUACAUAUACUACAGUACUACAGUUCUACAGUACUGCAGAUAAUACAGUACUACAGAUAAUACAUAUACUGCAG